GCAGUGUCCAAGGAUGCAAAAUCCAUAUUUCAUAGAGGCAUUGGGACAAGAGUCAUAUACUACGGCUGAUGUAAUUAAUGAUCUACCUAAAUGUACUCCGGAAAAUUUAGCAUCACCCGGACAAACAACAGAUAGUUUUAUUGAUGAAUCGGAGCAUUUAGAUCCGUUUGAGACCUUUUUAAAAUUGCCUAAAGAUCUAUUUCCAACAGCUGCUAAGCUAGGUCUCGACCCAAAUCCAUUAAUAGAUGAGUGCUGUAAAUUAGGAGAUAUAGAUAAUAAUGCACAUUGGAUUCUAGAUUUGGAACUAGGUGUUCCUAUUUUACCCACUACUAGAACUAUAGCUAUAUACGAUGUUAAAAAUAACAGUAUUCGUUGUCAACACAAACCAGACAUGGUACAUCCAGGAUUUGAGAGGUGUAAUAGUGAUUUCCAAAAAUUAAUACUAAGAUAUUACAAUUAUAUGACACAUUCUUGGUACAAAGGGUACAAAAUCAUUUAUAAAGAACAAUCAUUGCAAGACUUCCAGCCGUGGGUAAUGUUACCAAUGCAGAUGUAUGGGAUGUGCUGGCCUUAGCAUGUAGCAUGAAAUCAAUGCAUGAGUAGUAAAGUUAUAUCAACUACAAUAAUUUGUAAAUAUGAUUGUGUU